UUUAUCAAACAUCGCCAUUUAACUUGUGUAAAGAAUAUUAGGUAAUUCUCAGAAACUGCAGUCUGUAACAGAUCAGGUGACUAAGAAACCCUAUGCCACAAAUAUUAAGUGAGAGAGGACGUGUCCGAGUUAAAAUUUAACCACAUUAUCAAGACAUUGGGUUAAACGGGAGGGUUUCAGGAGGAAAUGACAAGGUUUAUCAAGGUAAGACGGCACAGAAAAGGUCAGGGACAGUACCUUUCUGCAUUUAUUGGACAUUUGAGGAUCCUCUACCUUACGUCAAUGUAAACUGAGCAAUGCACAAGUGGAAAUCAGUAAACCCACACGGUUUCAGUCAGCUUUUUUUGUGCUGUGAUCUCAAUAGAUUAUGGCGCUUCAUUGGCCUCUCAGUGUGCAAGGGGGUCUGUCGUCCAAGUAUAAACCAAAACAGGAAGUAUAGAGCUGAUUCUCAGACAAAUCAGACAUCCUUUCCUCAGAUUAAUCAUUUUUUUACAUGUAAUGAAUAUAGUUAUAAAGUCAAUGGGUAUGAAGGAAGAAGCAACAGUCCAGUUCUGGGGUUUGACAGCAACCUGUUGCCCUCAAACUCGCCUCCUGAGGACCGGUGGAGUGCUGCCACCUGCCUGCAGAGCAGGGGAAUGCUUUUUGGUGUGUUUGACGGGCAUGGAGGCUAUGCGUGUGCGCAGGCUGUCAGCGAGCGACUUUUCUAUUACAUAGCCAUGUCUCUGCUUCCGCUGAAGACGCUGGUGGACAUCGAAGAUGCGGUGGAAAAAGACCGGCCGGUCAUUCCAAUCCUGCAGUGGCACAAGCAUCCCAGUGACCAUCCCAGCAUUGGCAGCAAUGCCGGAAAGCGCUACUUCAACAGCCUACGAUCAUACUGGCAGGAGUUGAUUGACCUUGGGGGGGAUGAGGGCAGAGACAUCCAGAAUGCCCUGGUCAAGGCCUUCAGGAGACUGGACAACGACAUCUCCCUGGAAGCACAGGCAGACUUCGGGGAAGACUUUUCCUGUUAUGCUCCCAUCAGGGUGGCACUCUCGGGCUGCACAGCAUGCAUAGCACACUUGGACGGCACCCAUCUGUAUGUAGCGAACCUCGGUGACAGCCGGGCUAUGAUUGGCCUCCAGGAAAACAAUGGAAUGUGGUCAGCCUUGACCAUCAGCAAUGACCACAAUGCCAAGAACCCGAUGGAGGUGCGGAGGCUGCACUCUGAGCACCCACGGUCCGAGAAGGCGACUGUGGUCAGGCACGACCGAUUGCUGGGACGCCUCACCCCAUUCCGGGCCUUUGGGAACGUCAAAUUUAAGUGGAACAGCGAGCUCCUCAUGCACGUAUGUGAGAGGCGUCAAGAGAUGCUGCCAGGGAAUGACAUUGCCAGCAUGUUCCCUCCUGAGGCUCAUACGCCACCGUACCUCAUCGCUGAGCCAGAGGUCACGUACCACAGGGUCCGACCCCAGGACAAAUUUCUAGUCCUUGCAACAGAUGGAUUAUGGGAGCUGAUGCACCGGCAGAAUGUGGUACAGGUCCUUGGGGAGCACCUGACUGGAAUCCACUGGCAGAAGCCCAUCUCGGGACUGUCACUGACACUGGGCCAGAUGCAGACCUUGCUCACGGAACGCAGAACGCGGGCCCUCUCUGCUCUCGAAGACGCUAACUCGGCUACCCAUCUAAUCCGUCACGCUCUGGGGGGUGAUGGCUUUGGUACCGUGGAUACUGAGUAUCUGUUCAGGAUGCUAAACCUACCACAAGACCUUGUGAGAAUGUACAGGGAUGACAUUACAGUCACAGUGAUACAUCUAAACCAACCAGGCCUUGAAGCCAACUGCAAUGGAAGCAAAAGAAUUAUGAAUUUAACGUGAAAUGAAUUUGCCACUCCUGAUUUACUGGAACUGGAUUUACAUCGCUACCUUCGACUCGUUCAAAUUAAAAGUUACACUCCACCAAAACACACCAAGUAAAGCAAACAAUGGCAAGAAAUAUUAA